AUGUACCGGUUCAAAAGUUCCAAAUACAAGAAUGCGGCCCCUAAAGUCCCAAAAAAAGAGGGCUGGGUCAGCGAUAUCAAUGUGGGAGCUCCACAAUCGUUCGGGAACCACAUCAAAUGCUCAGCGGCUUUCAAAGUCUUCAACGUUGACAAUCGCGGAGGAGGAUGCUUGGGCAUCCUUCCGCUGAACGAUGCCGGUAAAAAAACCCGAGGGGUUCCACUGCUACACGCUCACGCCGAAUUCGUAACCGACUUCGAUUUCUGCGGAUAUGACGACAGCUUGUUAGCCACGUGCUCACACGACGCAUACGUGAAAAUAUGGAAGAUCCCUCAAGCGUUGCUCACUGAGGCGGUGCAGGCGAACGCGAAGGAGACUCUGAAGCCCUCGAGUGGUGUUUGCCGUCUGGAGACGGUCUCGUGGAAUCCGGUCGUGGAUUGCGUUCUCGCCUCGUCCGCCAAUAACAAACUCGUCCUCUGGGACGUUUCCAAAGCCAAAGAAAUUUCGACAAACAGCUGUCAUGAAGAGCUUCUCCAGAGCGUAUCAUGGAAAGCCGAUGGAACGAAAUUAGUUUCCACGGGACGCGACAAAACUAUUCGUAUCUGGGAUCCGCGAGUGCAGGACUCCUGUGCGUACGCUCAAGGCCACGCUAACAACAGAGAUUCCCGAGUCGUCUGGCUCGGGAACACCGACCACGUCUUGUCGACCGGUCUCGGUGCCAAUCGCGAACGAGAAGUGACGCUCCGAGAUGUGAGGAAUCUGCAGAAUCCGCUCAAAGUGCUGGCCGGGGAUUCCUCGCUCGGAAUCUACCUUCCUCUCUACGAUAUCGACACAAACAUGCUCUUCCUGGUAGCCAAAGGCGAUAUCACAGUCAGCUUCUGGGAGGUGGACAUUGCCAAAGAGCCGUUCUUGUACGAGUGUUCGAAGUAUCUCGCCGACGUACAAACCAAGGGAGCCUGCCUCGUACCGAAACGAGCGCUAAGUGUGAUGGAGGGCGAAGUGAAUCGAAUUCAAAUACUCACCAAGGACUGCAUCGUACCCAUAAGCUACCACGUUCCGCGCAAAUCCUACCGAGAUUUCCAUGCGGACAUCUUCCCCGACACGAGGGCUCCAGUUCCUGCGAACGUUGCCCACGAGUGGCUAUCGGGAAAGAACAAUACAAAAGUUCCGCUUAUCAGUCUCGACCCCUCGAAGAGAACGAGAGAUCUCAUCCGCUUCGACCAUGAGCUGGGAACAGGUGCGGCCACCGAGUGGCUCACCUCGGAUGUCGGCGUCGCCGGAGCGGACGGCAACCAGCGAAACUUUUUAAGACAGCAGACCGUGGCUGUAGAUAAACCAAGCCUGGCGCCGAAACCCGCACCCCGGACAAAACUCGUACCUGCGAAGAGUGUAGACGAGAGCUCAAAUAAUAAAUUCAACAAUAAUGAACAACACAACAACGGACGCCAUCAUCAGGCUCUCGACAACAAGGUCAAGCGACAACCGUCGAAAGGAGGCGGUUUCAAAGUUCGAGUUUCCAAAUAUCGACACCUCAACGGCAAUCUCGGAACCCGAGAGACUCAGAUCAGUAAUUUGCCUCCGCUCUGUAAAACUAUUCCCGGAGAGAGCGAGGGUUUCCGGGCCAACGCCACCAGAGUCGCUAUACCGCUAGCAACUUCGGGAGGUCAUUUGGCUAUUCUUGAAGUUUCUAAAAGAGGCCGACUCAACGCUGGAGUUCUCCCGUCGCUUAUUUGCGGGUCGAACAUUAUGGACUUCUGCUGGGAUCCUUUCGACGAUUCAAGGAUUGCCAUCGCGUGCGAUGAUGGACGGAUCCGCGUUUGGAGCAUCCCGGAGAACGGGCUCACCGAGUCACUCACUAAACCUGAUUUUGAGCUCAAGGGUCACAAAGACAAAGUAACGCUGCUCAAAUUCCACCCUUCAGCCAAAGACAUUCUGGCAUCUGCGUCGCAGGACCAAUCGAUCCUGAUCUGGGACCUCGACCAGCAAACCUACGUCUACGAGCUCGAAGGGCACACCGAUCAAAUCUUCAGUAUGGCGUGGCAUCCCGACGGAAGUUUAUUAGCCACUGUGUCCAAAGACCAAAGACUUCGAGUGUUCGACCCGCGCCGAUCGGCCGAGCCUCUCCUGACAGGCCUAGGCCCGAGCGGUACCCGUGGAGCGCGUGUCUGCUGGGCUCUGGGAGGGACUCAUCUCAUCACGACAGGUUUCGAUAAGGUGUCGGCCCGGCAAAUCACGCUAUACGACGCCUCGAGCUUGACGCUGAUCCACACCGAAGGCAUCGAUGUGAGCCCGGCGAUCCUCAUCCCGUUCUACGACGAGGACAGCUCGACGCUGUUCCUGACAGGGAAAGGGGACGCGACGAUCUUCUGUUUCGAGGUUCUGGCGGACACUCCGAAUUUCUUCCCACUGUCCCACUUCAAGUGCCCGGGACCACACCAAAGCGUUUCGUUCCUGCACAAGAACGCAUGCAACGUGGCCCAAGUUGAAUUCGCCACGUGUUUCCGCCUGACCACGACAACCGUGGAGCCGUUGGCUUUCAAGGUUCCGCGACUGCGAUCUGAAUUUUUCCAAGAUGAUCUCUUUCCGGACACCCGGGUGACGUGGCAGCCAACGAUGACGUCGAAGCAGUUUACGGAUCUCUGUGGCAAAGUACCCGCGAGGGUUUCGCUGAGGCCGGUUCAGAUGAGCCAGUUGUCCGAUGCUCCCGAAGUCGUCCGUCCUGCUCCGAAGUUCACUCCGAGUGCCGGAGAAAAUCGCGGCUCGAAUUACUUUGAAGUCAACGAGUCGAGCAACAGACUCCGACAAGAACUCCUCAUCGCGUCCAUGAAGCAACGUAUCCAAUAUGACGAUGACGAUGAGUUGCCUCAGGAUCGGAUGCAGGGAGCCGACGACAAUGAAUGGUCCGAAUAACUUCCCGUUUUUCUGCACGCUGCCUUCUAAAGGAUGGUCCGGAAGCGAGUCAGGAGCGGGUCUCGGGAGUCGGGAAAUGAACUGCUCACGGGCGAUCAUAACACAGAGAAUGAAUGC